UCUAACUAAUGUCAAAUUUUUAAUUUUCAAUUUGCGCGGGUAUUGGUUUUCUCAUUCUGUUUGAUUUAAUAAAAUAAAUAAUAAUUUAUUUAGUCAUAUUUCUUUUAUCUUUACAUUUGUUUUAUAAUAGGAUAUAUAUAAGUGAUUUAUUAGAAUCUUAUUGGAAACCCGGCUGAAAAUAAAACUUAUUCAAGUCCAUUUUAACGAUUAUUGAUUUUUCUUCAAAAGACUAAAUGGCAAAACAAAUAGCGGACGUACAAAUCCAUGCUUCGGAAAACGAUAAUUUAGAGGACGAUAACUUGGAUAUUAGUGUGGAUCUGAUUGAUGAUGGACUCUAUUUAGGUAAUCUUGCAUGUGCAAGAGAUCAUAAAACAUUAGAAAAUCUAAAAGUCACACACAUCCUUACAAUAGACCUGGUGCCUCUACCGAGGUCUAUACUGGACAGGAGCCAACUCACCUUUAAAUUUAUGAAAUUGGCCGAUGUACCCAAGGAAGAUCUAAUCAGUCACCUACCAGAGAGCAAUGAUUUCAUCAAGGAAGCAAUUUCAAAUGGGGGAACAGUACUCGUUCAUUGCUACUUUGGUGUUUCACGCUCCGCAGCUGUAGUCAUAGCAUAUGUGAUGGAGAAAUAUGGUCUUUGCUAUGAAGAUGCAUUUGUCCUUGUAAAAUCCAAAAGACGUUUCAUUGGUCCAAAUGUUGGCUUUGUAGCCCAACUCAAACUGUUUGGGCACAUGGGCUAUCGAAUAAAUAGGGAUGAUCCAAGAUUCAAGCAAUUUAGAUUGAAAAUGGCAGGACAGAAGUUAAAACAAGUAAAAAUAUUACCCCAACUGUUUGCCGAUCUUGUCAAACCUGACCCUGGGUUGAUCCGCGAACGACCAGACCCUGUAGUGUACCGCUGCAAGAAGUGCCGCAGGAUAGUCGCAAACCAGAGCAAUAUCAUACCUCACUUACCAAAGCAUAUUAAAGUGGAACUGGCCAAGAAAAAUAUUCGACCACAGCCGAGCAAGCAGACUGCUCUAAAUUGUGUUGAAAAUGGUCAGCUCUUGAUAGAGAAGUUGAAAAGCCUCGCUUGUCAGAUAAUGGACAGUGAGAUUGAAGUUGAUGAUUCCAGUGAUGAAACCAGCCCGGGUAAGAGUGAUAAUAGUUUCUUGGACAGCGAUGAAGGACCCAGUCAGGUCCUAGAUGGUUACAAUGAAAAUAACAUGGUCGACGCUAACAUAGCGGCUCGGGCGGACAGCCCCGAGAUCUGCCGCCUCAUGUGGUUCGUGGAGCCGAUGACUUGGAUGAAGGAUGUGCAGAACUCUCCCCAAGGAAAGCUGCAUUGUCCCAAAUGUGCCAACAAAAUCGGCAGCUUCAGUUGGGUCAUGGGUUGCAAAUGUCCCUGCGGUCAGAAAGUGGCUCCGGCUUUUUACUUAGUGCCUUCGAAGGUGGAGUGGUCGAAUAUCGUACAAAAUGUUCAAAUAACUGUAUAACUGUACAAAGUAUGUGGCACUGCUUUAUAAAGGUUUGUCACAAUCAUAUGUCCCAAUGCCCCGCUCCUUGCUUUUAUUCUAAUAUAUUACCAACUUAUAAACAAUAUAUAUAGUAA